GGCAAUCCGUCGCAAGGGCAUCCAGGCGCUUCGGCAAUGCGUUGAUGCCGAGGAGCUCCUGAGCUUCCCACGGCGCCCCAAUGGAAUUGCUUUGAUGCUGAAGCAGAGCCUUUUUGAGAGGCUUCUCUCUGGAAAGACACAGCUCUCGAGUUUUCCAGCCUCUGAUGUUUCUGCGGCUCAGGGUGACCUACGUCAUCUGAGUCUGGAACAACUUUUGGCUCUUCAUUCCACUCAAGGUGAAGCACCAACAAGCUCAGCCGGCACUGCAAUGUCAGCCUUCUGGAACUCUUUGGAGACAUCCAUGGUGGAAAGAUUGGCUGCACGGCUACAACGGAGCAAUGAGAUAGCAAAUCUGGUGCUGCUCAUCUAUGGUGCACAUCAGAGUUUGGCUGGCGCAUUGCCAUCUGCGGAGCAUUGGUUGCUGGAGAAAGAUGUUCUGCUAUUUUUGCCGAAGUGUGAACUUCGGCCUUUAGAUGAGCACAUUGCCGCCUAUUGCCACAGCUACCUCAUCAAGAUCCUUUGCCAAGAGUUAUCCAAGAACCUGAUGCAAAGCGAGGCUGCAGCUACGGUGCCUCCACAGAGAAGGCGACUCCACUGGGAGGUGCAGCUUUGCGAAAGGCCAAAUGAUUUCAAGGAAAAGCUUCGAGGGUCAUUGAGGGCUCCACGACCUGCGCCUCGUGGCCAAAGGGCCGGCUAUCCAGCCGCGCCAAAGGCGCAGAAGUUCCUGGUGUGGGCGGUUCAA